GGCUUUUUAGGUCUCGGGUUUUGCGAUGAGCGGCUUCCCGAGCAUGCCUGGGGAAUGACAGGCAUCCCCGCAGUCACCUUGCUGCGCUCGGCCAUUGGCUGCCCGGCAGGAUAAAUCCAGGACAAUGCAUUCCGCCUGCCCAUUGUAAACAUCGGGAUGUGAUGUGUGUUCGCUCAGCAUCGGCUUUUUGGGAGGGGCCAAGGCAGAGCUGCGCUUUUAUUGAAUAGGGCUGCUGCGCCUUGCCCUGCCGCCGCAGUUAUUAUUCAUUUCCUUCCUAGCAGGGAGAACUUUGCAGCCGGAGUGCCUGUGGUAACCAUUGAAUUACUCAGAGAAUCCCUUGGGAGCUGAAGAGGCAGCAUCUUCCACGCUCAGGGCAUCAUAUCUGAGAUCACCUUGUUUGUUCUGGACUCAUCAUUUUGAUUCAUCAAGCAGCUGGUUUGUUACUGAAAAGCUCAGAAUAUUUCCUCUGAUUGCCUUCCUAUUUGGAUCUUUGCAGAGCUUGGAGCACUCGGACACCACCAUGGAUGACUUUGAGCGCCGCAGAGAGCUCAGGAGGCAGAAGCGCGAGGAGAUGCGGCUGGAAGCGGAGAGGCUGUCCUACCAGAGGAAUGAUGAUGAUGAUGAGGAGGCUGCCAGGGAGCGCCGCCGGCGGGCUCGGCAGGAGAGGCUGCGGCAGAAGGAGGAAGGAGAUCUCUCAGGAGAAGCAGCAGAGAAAUCCGAGGUCAAUGCCCAGAACAGCGUGGCAGGGGAGGAGAGCAAGCGCUCCACAGACGACGAGGCUGCGCUGCUGGAGAGGCUGGCGAGGAGGGAGGAGAGGCGCCAGAAACGCCUGCAGGAAGCCCUGGAACGCCAGAAGGAGCUGGACCCCACCAUCACAGAUGGGAGCCUGGCAGUGCCCAGCAGGAGGGAAGUGAACAGCCUGGAGGAAAGCGAGAGCAGAGAGGAGCGGGUUGAGAAACGCCGCGGGCGCUGCGAGACCGAGGAGACAGAAACAGACACCAGGUCCUACCAGAGGAACAACUGGAGGCAAGAUGGGGAAGAAGAGGGGAAAAAAGAAGAAAAAGACAAGGAGGAGGUGCAGGAGGAGAAAGCAAAGGAGAUCCCCGUAGAGGAAAAUCAGGUAGAUGUGGCAGCAGAAAAACCCACAGAUAAAGGAGAGGCUGUAAAUGCAGAGGAGCACAAAGCAGAGAAUGAUACCAGUGCUGUGCCAGAAGGGACCCCAAGGGUAGAACAAGAGAAGCUUAGGGAUGAGGAGAAGGCUGAGGAAGAAAGGAAGGAAGCAGAGGAAAGGGAGAGGUUAAAAGCAGAGGAGGAAAAGAGGGCAGCUGAGGAAAAACAGAAAGCUGAGGAGGAGAGGAGGGCAGCUGAGGAAAAACAGAAAGCAGAGGAGGAAAAGAGGGCAGCUGAAGAGAGAGCAAAGGCAGAAGAGGAGAAGAGGGCAGCUGAGGAAAGAGAGAGGGCUAAAGCAGAAGAGGAGAGGAGGGCAGCUGAGGAAAAACAGAAAGCAGAGGAGGAAAAGAGGGCAGCUGAGGAGAGGGCAAAGGCAGAAGAGGAGAAGAGGGCAGCUGAGGAAAAGGCUAAACUAGAGGCAGAGAAAUUAAAGGAAAAACAAAAGAUGGAAGAGCAAAAGAAAAUGGAAGAUAAACAGGUAAAAGAGAAGAAAGUAGAAGAUGAAAAACCUCAAGCAGCUUUCUUAAAGAAACAGGAGGAAGAAAAAGUGGAAGCUAAAAAGGAAAAGCUGCCAGAAGAGAAGCUCCAAGCUACCUCCAUAAAAGAUCAGGUAAAAGAUGACAAAGGCAAAGCCCCCAGGGAGGAAAUGAGGAGUGUCUGGGACCGCAAGAAGGGCGUUGCUGAGCAGAAGGCACAGAAUGGGGAGCGUGAGCUGCCUGCCUCCAAACUCAAACCCACUGAGAAUGCUUCUGGGCGCCCUGGUGCCAAGGGGAGCCCGGAGGAGGCCAAGCCGGGCGCGGAGGCCCUGAGGAGGCUGGAGGAGCAGCGGCGGCGCCGCGGCGAGAGCGAGGGCGAGGAGCUGGAGAAGCUGAAGGAGAAGCAGCAGGAGGCGGCCGCAGAGCUGGACGAGCUGAAGAAGAGGCGGGAGGAGCGCCGGAAAAUCCUGGAGGAGGAGGAGCAGAAGAAGAAGCAGGAGGAGGCUGAGAGGAAAGUCAGAGAGGAGGAGGAAAAGAGGAGGAUGAAGGAAGAAAUAGAAAGAAGAAGGGCUGAAGCUGCUGAAAAACGCCAGAAGAUGCCAGAGGAUGGUGUGUCUGAAGACAAGAAGCCAUUUAAAUGUUUCAGCCCUAAAGGUUCAUCUCUCAAGAUUGAGGAGCGAACAGAAUUUCUGAACAAAUCUGCUCAAAAGAGUGGCAUGAAGCCCACCCAGACAACAGCAGUUGUCUCAAAGAUUGACAGCAGACUUGAGCAAUACACCAGUGCAAUUGAGGGCACAAAGGCUUCAAGACCAGCUAAAGCUUCUGACCUUCACGUUCCAGCUGAGGGUGUCCGUAAUAUCAAGAGCAUGUGGGAGAAAGGGAAUGUUUUUUCAUCACCUUCUGGGGCAGGAACACCAAAUAAGGAAACUGCUGGGCUGAAGGUUGGUGUCUCAAGUCGUAUCAAUGAGUGGCUGACCAAGACCCCAGAGAGCAACAAAUCCCCUGCUCCAAAACCUUCUGAUUUAAGACCAGGAGAUGUAUCUGGCAAACGUAAUCUCUGGGAGAAGCAGUCAGUGGAGAAGCCAGCUGCUUCCUCUAAGGUAUCAGCUAUGGGGAAAAAAUCAGAGACUAAUGCAGGUUUGAGACAAUUUGAGAAAGAACCAUAGAAGGCCACUGAAGAUGCUGGACCAAUCAAUUUGGGGGGGGGGGAAAGGAAAAAGUGCUAAAUUGUUCUUUUUAUAUUUAUGUUUAUUUACCAAAAUGUCUUUUUGCAUUAUCCCAGUUAAAACCAUGUAUAUUAGCACUGUAUUUAAUAAUCAGUCUAGACAUUCAUCAGAAUAGUACUGCCUUUGCACAAGAGCCUUUAUUCCUAGAGAAACCCAUGCUGUGAAAUAUAUAGACUCUCCUACUGAUAGUCAGAAAUAUGUAUCUGAACAGUGAUUUCAGCUGGCUUUAGAGGUCAACCCAAAACUCAUGUAAAGUGAAGUUGCUUGGGAAAGGUGUGCAGCAAACCUAUAAAAACCAUGGUUCCUUUUGUAAUACAGAAGUAUUUUUCUUUCUGCACUUUAGACUAAGGCAUGGAAGAAAUAUCUUUAGUUGACAAUGUAAUAUUUUCUGUACGUUGCCCAUGUCAUGAGAAAUACUGCAUCAAUAACGUGUUUUAAUUUUUUUUUUUUUUUUUUUUUUUUUGUUUUUUUGUUUUGUUUUGUUUUAUACUUUUUUUAAGUAUCAGUUUUUUUCCAUUCUAGUUUAAGUUAAUACCUAAAUUUGGAUGAUUAUGUUAGCUGACAGCGGUACUGGUAUUUCUUUUUGUUGUUAGUAACUAGUAAUUGAAUGCAAUCUAGAAUAUAUAUACACACAUAGCUUUACAAAGUUUAGCCUAAAGGCACUACUAAUGGUAGAAUGCUUUAAUAUGUGCUAGAGUAUUAUAUUUAGCAAUAAACAUACAUAAUUAGCCAAUAUCACAGUUUAAAAAAAAAAUAAAGACAAAAUCACACACUUUUCUGUAGUAAGAUUUCAUAGUUGUCCUUAGAGGUAUGGUGAGAUAAGUUUUAAAAAAUUUUAAAUGUCUGUUGCCCAGUAAUGGGUAACUAAAAAGAAAGUAUAGUUUUUAAAAGAGGAAAAGCUAAGGGUAUAGAGGGUCAAAAGUAGGUCACUUGUAUAAAAUGUUGUAGUUUAAUUUAUAUAAAACUACCAUAAUUAAAAAGGAAAAAAAAAUGUAAACAGAGUUGGAGCUUGUUUCAAAUGACUGUUCACUAAAUCUUGCCAUCCAUCAGUGCUGUACACCAGGUCCACCGAAAAUGAAGUAAACCUC